CUUCGGAGGGCGCCCAGGGACGGCUGGCAUCCAUCACAGCCCCUAAAAAAAGCUCAGAACAUACGGAACCAGGAGGAGCCCUGGCCCGGCUUGCGGGGAAGAAGGCCAGUUGGCCAGCGAACAAGAGGUGCUGGGUCUGAUCGGGCAGAGGGAGACGACGCUUGGCCGCAGAUCACAGCG